AUGCAACCGCAAGAAAAGGCCAAGGAGGCAGUGUCUUCUACAAACAUAUUACAGGUAUUAGUGGAGGCAGCACCUACACAAAAUUACGAAGAAACAUUCAAAAUUUCGACUAAGAAAAUAGAGCCUAUGGCUCCAAGUUCCCUACCACCGCCAACGCUUGCUGUAGUUGAAUAUAGAUCCGCACUAGAAAUGUGCAGCAAAGAACUGAGCGUUGCAGAUGCGCGUUCUGCAAGAGUUCAGCGAUUAGUGCAGAAAUGUAUUAAAACAAAUUCACCAGUGUAUCCCAAUGCGAUACCCUUGCCACCGCCAUCGCAUCCAUCUCACCACUCAACCGUUAAUGUUACUAUGCAUAGUGACAUUUGCAUCGGAGGUAAAUUAAAAAAAUAUUCAAAAGCUGACGCACACAGCACCCAACAUCAGCACGAGGACGAAGUGCUUUCACUGCAGAUGCUACCUGCACGCUCCUCUACACCUCACAACCAACCUAUUCUAUCUUGUUCUGCUGCCAGUUGCGAUUUGGAACUUAUCAGUGAACAGGGUAGUCCUUUAAGUGAGACUAACUACGAAAAUGCGACAUUGGCAUUGGACCAGCGGAAAAUACCUACACAAACGGAAAGUAGGGCCAACACGCUUUCAAUUUCAAAAUCAGCACCUGUUAUAAGCCAACGCGAUGAUGUUGCAAAUGUUUGUAAAUCGAAGUCUAUGGAAAGAUCUAAUUGUUUUCUACACUAUAGUCGAGCAAAUUUGUUACAAAUUCGCAACAGUCUAUUAAAUGUUUUACAAUCGCAACAAAAACAACUCUCCAUACGACAUAGUGUACCGAAUAUAGUGGAUUGCGAUGUAAUCGAAUUGGAAGGGCGUCUGCGUCGACUUAAGAUUUGGAAGUCGACCAGCGGUCAAGAAGAACAUGGUGCUGGUCGUAAAUACCAAUGGAUACGUGAUAAUGCAAUGAUGCCUUCUUUUACGAAAAAUAAAAACAUCUUGGAUGAGUCAAUCAUAAAGAGUCAGCCGCCACAGCCAGAAUUAAAAGAAUCCGCUAUUAUAACAAACCAACGUCGUAUUGGCAGCGGUAGAUUACCCAAAGUAAAAUGGGCUAAUUCAGUUGCUUCGGAAAAUUCGCAAUCCAUUAUUGAAAAAGAUGGUGCAAUUAAACAACCAACAAAUAAUGAUAUUUCAAGUAAGCUCAGGCUUCUCAAACUCUUUGAGACAAGUAAGGUUGAUAAUAUGCGCAACAAGGAUACUUCGUUUAGACCCGCGCUAACUGCUUUGGCAGCUUUGGCCAAAAACUCUGAACGACCGGAAACGCCAGCAAACACUUCCAAUACUAAUUAUGUUAAACGAUUAAAUUCAGGCUUCCUUGUGGUUUCGAAUCCAAGGGAUCGGUCUAAAGCAGAUAAAGAGCAUUAUCGUUACAAUAAUCACAACGAGGAACCUGAAUGGUUUAGUUGUGGACCAACAUCACGCUUGGAUACAAUUGAGCUAUGUGGCUUUGAUGAUGAUGAAGAUCCGAAUGGAAAGAAAAACGAUGAUAAUCACAGCGACAUAUCAAACGAUAAAGAUGACUCUUCGGAGAAUCGUAAAGAAAAUGCAAAUGUGAUGGAUAAGACAACCAAUGUUGAUAAAGAAAAUACUAAAUGCCUGCAAGAGUUUGUAUCUUCGCUAAAGGAACAGAAAUCAACAUCCUUUCAGUAUGAUAACUUCUCAGGAGGCGCUACAAAACAUAACCACCCACAACAGCGCCAACACGGCAGUGGCACUGAGAACAAUGGAAAUCAAAACGACAACGGUCGCUCCAGAUUCAUACCAUUUUUUGCGGUGGAUGGCAAAAAGAGUCAACAGCAUAUUGAUAAAAAUGGUUCAUCCACAUCGUUGGAUGAUUUUAUCAAACAAGCCUUGAAUGCACAACAACCAAGUACUGAUCAACAUCAACAACAAAAAACUGUAUUGAAUUCAAAUGCUAAUCCGAAUUCGGGUGGGAUCCGAAUUCGGGUGGACGAGUUAGAAGCCAAAUGGCGUCAUAAUUCCUUAACUGAGCGCCCCCAAAACAACAAUAAUGUGAACAUUGAAAAUAAAAACAUUAAGUACAAACCUUUUAUUCAAAAAAACAGUCAUGAAAACAUACAAGAUUCAAAUAAUAAUUUGUUACGAAACUCGGAAAAUUUCAAGCAAUUGUUGGGCCAAUUGCAAAAUAACAAUAACAAUAAUAGCAACAAAAUUGUACAAAAAGAGGAAUCAACAACGUCACACACGUCGAAGAUAACUGGCAAAGGCGAUGGAAAAAAUAUUGCGAUAACUCAGCAGCAAUCGCAAAAUCAAUUUUGCAAUGAAAAUAUUUCAAAUUUUAUACUUAAACAGCAGCAAUAUCAACAACAACUUUUCCUAGCGAAUUUGCAUAUGAAAGCUAUUUUGAGUCGUCCUGAAGCGCAAUACCUUCUACUUGGACUAGCCAAGGGUGAGAUUUCCAAGCAUGGUUUGUUAGUUCAACUCUCCAAUCCACGUUUGCCACAGCGUGACCGCGAGGCUAUCACAGCAGUACUAACAUUCACCUCUACCCAACAGACGCAUGCUUUGCAAACGCAAUUUUCUCAUACUCAGCUUCAGCAUCAGCAAUCUCAACAGCAACACUCCUUCGAUUCAUUCUCCAAUAGUUUAGUUCUGAAUCAGUUGCAAAAUCUGCAUAAUUUGGCAUUAGUUCAACAAACUUUGGCAGCGCAACAGCAGCAGCAGCAGCAACAACAACAACACCAACAGCAACAACAAAGUCAAAACACCAUUCGCAAUCCGUACUCAAUACAACCUAUGACAACCGAAGAAUUACAGAAUCAUACCAAAAUGAUAAUGCAAAAUGCAUUGGCAAAGCGAAAACUCGAAGAACAACAAUCGAAUAUUUUGGGCAUGCAAAAAAUUUUACAAUUCAAUGCAGUGGCUACGGCAGCUGCUGCCGCAGCUACGGCUACCGCAAACAUGCAGCAACAGCAACAGCAAUCGCAGUCACUGCAACACAAUCAAAGUCGCUUAAGUGGUGCUGGUAUGUCAGCACUAAUAACAAACUCUACCGGCAAUCACGGUAGUCAUAUGAAUCGUACAACAGCAGUGGGUAAUGGUAAUAGAAGAUUGCAAGCAUUACAAAAUCUAUUCAACGAUUCAAAUGGUUCGCUGGACUCUGUGGAAGCAAUAUCAACAAAAACUGGUUUUGCAAAUGGAUUUCAUCCGUCAAAGUCGAUAACAAAUCAUAAUGGCGCUGGCGUCUAUCGUAAUAUAAAUUAUGGCAAUGGUAAUAAUAUGCAGACGGUACACCGACGACGUUCGUUUUCAAACAAAUUUACGAACGGUGGAAACUCUUUACCACCGACUCAUAUGAGAUAUAAUUCCUCAGACAGCGAGUACCAGCAGCAACCAUCAAUAGAUUCACAUGAGAAUUACACAGGAAUCAACAAUCGUUAUCACCAUUACAAUAACCCAAGGUAUAACGCUAGUAGUAAUAGGGGUGGAAUAGAAAAUGGAUUUGGCGCGAAUUACACGCAACAACAACCAUCUGUGCUGACAACUGCAGGCGAUGAGCUCCACUAAUCUCGUUGGAUAUAUAAAAAAUUCGCCAAUUGCUGUUAUGGCAGCUGGUAUAUUCUCGACGUUGGCCAUAGUUGGCACUUAUCGUUUCGCUAUCAGGCCGAGACUGGAACGCAGACGUCGUGAAGAGGCCGAAUCAUACGCUGAAUAUAUAUUUCAACAAGAACAAUCACACAAAGCAGAUUUAAAAUAAAAUAUACCUAUACAUUUAUCCAUAAUCCGCAUUAGAUCUAUCCACACACACAUACAGUUUUAGUAUAUAAUGUUAAUAAUUGUAAGUGAAGCACAUAAUUUAAUCAUAUUCCCCAUUGCAUGCAAAUGCAGAUUUAAUUACAAAAGGCAAACAUAUGCAUUACUACACACGCAGGUUAACAGCGUUCUAAAUUUAUAUGCAUUUGCUGCAGUUGGGAAUGAACGUUGAAACACUUUUGGCUAUGUUUAAUUAAAACCUUUAUGUAUAGAGGUUAUUGUAAUUUAUUAUCGAGAAUUUGAAAAGGCAAGAAAAUUAAAACGAUGAAAGUUCAAAAACAACUCUGUAUCAGUGAUAGGAAAUGAUUUUGAUUUUGUUCUUUUUA